CAGGACUCGUCAUGCUACCCUACCUACCUUAACACAGCUUUCCACACCGACAUACCACACACUCUUGCUAUCAACGCAGUUGAAAGAAAAUGGCGGAUGGUGAGAUGGUGAACGGCGAUGCUCAUGAUUUUCAGUCUCUAUUAUCUUCCCCUGAGAGAGACUUUCUUGUUCGUACCAACGGUGAUCAGGUUAAGAUCGACAGCUUGAAGGGGAAGAGAAUCGGGCUAUAUUUUUCAGCGUCGUGGUGCGGCCCAUGUCGCAGAUUCACACCGAUUUUGAUAGAGGUGUACAAUGAACUAGCUCCCAAAGGUGAUUUUGAGAUCAUUUUUGUCUCAGGGGAUGAAGAUGAUGAGUCAUUCACUGACUACUUUUCCAAAAUGCCAUGGCUUGCAAUACCAUUUUCUGAUUCAGAGAAACGUGAAAAAUUGAAUCAGUUGUUCAAAGUGAUGGGAAUUCCUCAUCUUGUGAUCGUUGAUGAAAAUGGUAAAGUUUUGAGUGACAGUGGGGUUGCGAUCAUUCGGGAGUAUGGAGUUGAAGGGUACCCUUUUACACCGGAAAGGAUCAACGAAUUAAAGGAGCAAGAAGCAGCAGCAAGGAGGAAUCAGUCUUUAAGAUCCAUCCUGGUCUUCCGCUCACGUGACUUUGUAAUCUCAUAUGAUGGAAAGAAGAUACCAGUCUCUGAACUUGAAGGGAAGACAGUGGGCCUGUAUUUCUCAUUGUCUACGUACAAAUCUUGUGCUGAUUUUACUCCAAAGCUUGCUCAGGCUUAUGAGAGAUUGAAAGCUGAGGGAGAGAAAUUUGAAAUUGUGCUGAUAUCACUUGAUGAUGAUGAAGAAUCCUUCAAGGGAUGUCUUGAAAGCAUGCCUUGGUUGGCAUUGCCCUUCAAGGACAAGAGCUGUGAGAAGUUGGCCAAAUACUUUGAGCUUUCAACUGUUCCCACUGUAGUUAUUAUUGGUCCAGAUGGGAAAACUCUCCAUCUGAAUGCUGCUGAAGCCAUUGAAGAACAUGGAAUUCAGGCAUAUCCGUUUACCCCAGAAAAGUUUGCAGAGCUUGCAGAGAUAGAGAAAGCAAGAGAAGAAGCUCAAACCCUGGAGUCAAUUUUGGUAUCAGGUGACCGUGAUUUCAUUAUCGGGAAGGAUGGUGCCGAGGUUAAAGUGGCUGAUCUGGUGGGGAGGAACAUCUUCCUUUAUUUCUCAGCACAUUGGUGCCCACCGUGCCGCGCAUUUCUGCCUACUCUUAUUGAAGCAUACAACAAGAUUAAGGAGAAGGAUGAUGCGUUUGAAGUGAUUUUCAUUUCCAGUGACAGAGACCAGGCUGCUUUUGAUGAAUACUUUUCAGAAAUGCCAUGGUUGGCGUUACCCUUCGGCGAUGAGAGGAAGAAAUCUUUGUCUCACCGUUUCAAAGUCCAUGGCAUCCCUAUGCUUGUAGCCAUUGGACCAUCUGGCAAGACUGUGACAAAAGAAGCCAGAGAUCUCAUCAUGGCGCAUGGGGCUGAUGCUUAUCCUUUCACUGAGGAGCGUUUGAAGGAGAUUGAAAAGGAACAGGAGGAGAUGGUGAAGGGGUGGCCUGAGAAGGUCAACCAUGCGCUUCAUGAAGCACACGAGCUUGUGCUUACCCGCCGUAAAGUUUAUACAUGCGAUGGAUGCGAUAAAACCGGACGUGUAUGGUCAUUCAACUGCAACGAGUGUGACUUUGAUCUUCAUCCUGAAUGUGCUUUGGAAGACAAAGGAACCAAAGAUGAUGCACAGAAGGAGCGAAUUCAGUCAGAAGAAUGGAUAUGUGAUGGAGAGGUCUGCCACAAGGCUUGAGAUGUCAACGUUCUUGAUCUUCAUCUACAGAAUGGUUCUUAGUUAAAGUAUGUGGUUCAUGUAAUAAUGCUCCGAGCUUCGCGAGCCGCCUACCUGCAUGUAUUAAAAGCUCUACCUGCAUUGUACAUAGGCUUGUGCGUGUGAUAAGGUUAUCCCCACCUCCGCUGGUACUGUACGAGUUUUGUUAUAGUUUACUCUUGCCACUUCAGUAGUGCAUUUCUGCA